AUGAAAUUCGGCUCAACCGUGAAGAGCCUGAAACAUCACUGCAAAUCGCUGGUUGAUGCCUCCAUUUACAGGCAGAGGUUGCUCUUGGACAAUGUAGAGUUGCCUGACACCCAGCUGCUGGAAACGUUGAGUCAAGGCUCCGAGCUCCAAAUGAUUCUCCUGCCCUUCCAGGAGGAGGUCCAGGCCCUGGAAACAGCACUGGACGCGUUGGAAAGUCACGCGGAGCAUGGAAACACGCAGGAGCUGGAGAAGGUCUUGCGGAUUCCAAUCCAUCCCGACCCUCCGCCACAUCUCAUGGACAAAGAAUGGUGGCGUCGCUUCCCACGCAAGCGUCUGAAGGGCGUAAGAUCAUUUCGAUGCGCCCUUCUUGCCGGAGUUAUUGCCAAUGAACCAGAGUGUGUACGAUUGCUUCUGGACGCUGGCGCCAAUCCUUCGCAACGCGAAGUCUUGAGUAUGGCUGUGUGGAAUGGGAAUCGGGAAAACGCGAGCUUGUUACUGCAAGCCAAAGCGGAUCCAGACGAAAUCUCCUAUCGUUGGAACGAGCAGCGCACGCCUCUGCGCAUUGCUGUUAACGAGGCCGACGUGCCGAUGGUUGAGUUUUUGCUUCAGAAUGGAAGCGGAAAGGAUGUGGUCGACGACAAAGGUACAACAGUUUUGCUGUAUGCUUGCAGGCUGGGUCAUGAUCAGGUGGUUGAUGUAUUGUUAAGGAGCGGUGCCAACGUGAAUCACGCAGCUGCGGAUGGGGAGACGCCUUUGCUUGCUGCUUCCCGCAAGAAUCGCUUCGAGACAGCGAAAUCGCUAUUAAAAUAUGGCGCUGAGAUAAAUGCCAGAGACUCUGUCAAUCGGACAGCCUUGUGGCUUGCAGCUGAAGGGAAUUUCAUCAUGAUGGCCGAGUAUUUGCUUCAGUCCCAGGCUGAAGUGGAUACACUGGAUAGUCAAAAACGAUCAGCCUUGUGGGAGGCCGCUUCCCAUGGCCACCUGGAAAUUGCCACGAUGUUGCUGAUACGUGGUGCCCAGCCCUAUCUCACCAAUACAGAGGGUCUCACCCCGGUGGACAUUGCCAGAAAGAACAAGCGCCGGAGACUUAUGGAUCUCUUCCGCAAAGACGAGAUCUCCGUUAUCAAAAGACCUGCGGCGAAGUCAAAACCAACCGUGAUGCCGCUACAUCGAAGGGAAAGGCUCCAGCCCUCCCUCUUGCGCUCAGCUGGAAUGGAGCUGGGCAAGUUUAUGGAACCAGCUUUGUCGGGAGCACAUGGGGCCUGGCUGGAAACCUGUUGCGAAAUCCUGCACAAGGCUAAGUGGGCCCGUGGGCCACAGGCUGGAACGGCAGACUGCACACUCUUGGAACAUUUGCUCCCUGGCACAACAGCUCCUGGAGAUGUCAAAGAUAUUGUCGCCCAGGUGUCUUUGCUGAGAUCCUUUGCUGACAUCUCGGAUUCGCCCUUUGACUGGACUCCCGGGGUGCAUGGCAUUUGGUACUCCGAUGGACAGCAGCCACAACUGGUCUACCUACCACAGGCAGUCGAGGAACUCUGCAGGGAUGAUCCUGACAACGCAGUUCAGAGGAUCAUGUCCAUGGUGCAGCGGCGUGCUGAUGCAGAGGAGGAGGAGUUCAGCCUCCCAGAGGGCCAUGUGCUCUAUCGAUUUGAGACCACUUCAGGAGAGUGUCCAAUCAGCACCUUGCCGUUGCUGCAGACGCGGACGAUCGUGGAUGAACACAUCCGCCAACUGCUGUUUCUGAAGGCACCGACGGAGCCCUGGGUGGUGAUGCUCUUGAUACCGAGUCAAGAGAUGGGAAGCGCCGCGCGCUUGAAACUGAAUGGCGCGGUUGGUGGUAGCGACACGCCACGCUUUGCCUUGCUGAGCACGGAGAAACAGCUGGGCAGAGCAAUGAUUGUACCUACUGAAGGCGCCUACGGCAACUUCGAGGACCUUUUCGAUGCGGAGCUACGGAGAGACCCGCCAAAGGGCUUGCAGCAGGUCAGACGAAUCUUUGUGAUUUCACCUGUCUGGGAUUGUUUCAUCGAUGGUUGUGGCAUCCCGGAACAACGUUGUGCUUGGUAUGGCAACUUUGCCCUGGAUAUUCCACUGCUCGAGGAAUUGCGAAGUUCCAAGGUCUUCCAGGUGCUGACCGUUGAUCAGGACCAGCGCGAACGCUCCAUCGAGGCUCUGUUGCCCUUCGUUCGCAGCUGCGUGGCGCAGGACCAGAAAUUCACCUUGGUUCCCAUCCUGGUGGGUGGUCUCAUGACAGAGAAGGCCCAAGAGUAUGUUUCGUUGCUGUCGCCUUACCUGGCAGAUCCAGAGAAUCUCUUCAUUGUGGCAGGAGAUGUGGAAACUUUGACUGAGACCUUCGAUUGGGAAAGACUAUCAGAUUUGUCGGGUGGGCCGGAACGUUUCAUGAUCGAGGCGCCGAAGUUUGUGAACCGAGCAGAUCAGGCAGAAGUUCCGACGGUGAAAGAGGAUAAAGAAGGUGGUUCCGAUCUUCAGCGCCCUGGAACUCUUCCUGUCGAUGAUGGCGGCGGCCCCAAAGAGGGAAGAGUUGGAGAGGUUUCUGCAGAACAUCAGUCUUCCAGUCGUUGUCUCAAUCGGCCAAAGUCGGAACAGGUGUCGGAACAGGCCAAAGCAGAUGCCGCCGUGUCCGACAUUUCAGGAGCAGGAUGGUGGGAGAUGGCUGCCAGCCACUUGUCAUCGCUGGAGGAUCGCAUGGUGACCCUGUCUGAGAAGGUGAAGGAGCUGACUUCUGCGCAUAACGCCGUGGUCAUCGCAAGCGGAGGUGAAAGGGACGGUGCUUUGGAGAAGCUUCAAGAGGAGGUUCAACGACUCCACGAAGAUCGCCUGACGCUUCACCAGACUGAAGAGUUGGCAGCGCAAGCCAAGGAGCAGUUGAAGGCGCAGACAGCUGAAGUGCAGCAGGUCUUUGCUAGGUGGGAGAGUCGCUUUGAGACCCUUUGCUCACGGGUGGAAGCGGAGUCUUCCUUGCGCAUGGGGGAGACCAAAAGGAGGAAGGAGUCUGAGCAGCUCCUGAGUUCACUGUUAAACGACCUGGGUGACUUGCGAAAGGAGUUCAAUGUGAACACCGAGGCGGCAAGCCGCGCAUGCGAGAGUGGCUUGAUACGCUGGGGCAGGGCCCGAGGACCAGAGCUGGAGUCUCGGGACCUGCCGGCACUGCCGGCGCCGAGCCCAGAGCCGGUGGCCACGCUGGCCACGGGGACGGGGCGCUGGGUGCCAGGCACCCUGCAGUCCACGGGGUCGCCCUACCAGUCGCGCUAG